UACCAAAAAUGGACAGGAUUAAACCGGUUUACACUAAGCAAAAAAGCUCAAUGCCAACUACACCGGCGGCGACGCCGGGAGCACCGUCUUCGCCGAUGAUUUCUCCAAUGCCACGGAGGCACGUGCGGUCAGGAUCAGUGGCCGGAGGGUCGAGCGUGAGGAAAGCGCAGACAAAGGCGGCGGCUCAGAGGCUUGCUGCCGUAAUGGCGCAUAAACCGACCGAUGAAGACGUCGAUGAGGAUGACCUCUCCUUCGAUUAUAAUGCCACCGGCACGGCGGGUAUUGGACUCGCCGGUGGGCGAGCAGUGCGACCUCGCUCCCCUGUGACGAGAACAACACCAGCAAGGCGUCAGCAAGUGACAUCUCAACAACUGGCUGAUGAGGAUGUUGAAGAUGAUGACCUUUCAUAUGAUUAUAGUCAAGCAAGACCAAGUAUUGGGCUUGCUAGCGGACGGGGAACCCGAUCUCCCUCUCCUAUGAACAAAACCAUCCCUCAAAGGCGUCAGCAAGUAACAUCUCAAAAACGGGCAGAUGACGAUAGUGAAGAUGAUGACCUUUCAUAUGAUUUUAACACAGUGACUAGCACACCAAGUAUUGGGCUUGCUGGUGGAAGAGCAAUGCGAUCCCAUUCUCCUAUGACCAAAACCCCUUCAAGGCGUCACCAGAUAACAGCUCAACAAUUAGCUGAUGAAGAUGUUGAAGAUGAUGACCUUUCAUAUGAUCAUAGCUCAGCGGUUGCCACACCGAGCAUCGGGCUUGCUGGUGGGAAGGCGAUACGACCUCGCUCUCCUAUGGACAAGUCGAUCAUCUCAGUCAUUAAUUCCAUGGAUCAACUCCCUUCUGCUCGUUCCAUAACAGCAAGCCGCCCGAUCAAGACAGUCUCCAUGGUGCGUGCAACAGUACUAUAUCACUAA